AAUAAUCUAAUGGCAAUGUUGCAAUGUAACUAACAUCGCGGUGAUUCCCCCACCAGUUGAUCAACAACGUUUGACAAAAAGUACGCGACCAGCGAAAGCUCAGUCAUUGUUCGCAAAUCGAAAGCCUCUCUCCUCUCCAAAAAUCCCCUCUUUUACGUAACUUUGAAUUAGUUUAAUAAAUCGCCCGCCUAAUUGCAGCGCUUUCUUUGUUCUUUAUUGUGUGAUACUAAUGCCGCAAAUAUCGAUAACAAAGCUCAGUGAACACUGAAUGUACUCGCGUCGCAUUUGUAUGCUUUACGUUGCGUUACAUUUUUCUAUCAUUUUUAUUCUUGUCAAAGAUGUCUGAACAAAUCGGAAAUAGAGUUUAUAAUUAUUUAAUUGGAUUUGAAAUUCAUAAUAUUAAUAAUAUUAAGUUACCUUCGUGUAGGGAUGUAUUGAAUCUCUUUAUGUACAAACAUCAAUCCUUAAAAUUAAGUAUACGAGCAAGUGCUAGUAGUGUGAUCAGUGAUACGAAUGCUAUUUGGGCUAAUCUUUUGAUUCCAACUUCUUGACCUCAGCACAGUAUUAAAAAAUUGGAAAAAAUUCACAGUGACUACAUGAAACUGAAGAAUCAUCGAAGUCGUGCAAAGACAUCGAAAAGACAACGAACAAAUGUGGAACAGUUUAGCAAACGUCUUGAUAAAUUAUUUGACAUUGCAAAUUGUGCUGCACUAAAAAAUUUACCGAAAAAUUUGCAGCAAUUUUUGACAGAUUGUCGUAAAGGAAAUAGAAAUAUCCAUCUACCAGCAAUUGACGUUAUACCAGAAGAAACUUCUUCUGGAAAUCUGUCUGCGAUGGAAGUAGAAACUCCCAAUAAUGAAUAAGGAAAUUGGAAUGAAAUUAUCCCAACAGUCGUCCUUAAAUAGUUUCUGUAGUUCCAUAUCAAAUUCCAGUGAAUUGAAGCGAACUUGUUCAGACUUUGAAGAUACAAUGCCAGCGCCUAAGAAAAAUAAAAUUGAUAUUCUGACUUCGGAAUUAGUAUUAGCACUAGAUAGAACUAAAACUAGUAACAGAAAUGCGAUGUACAUCAUUUCUGCUGUUAUUCAAAGUUUAGGACUUGAGAUUGAUAAAUAUAAUUUAAGUUACUCCACUAUGCGCAAUGCGCGUAUUUCAAAAAGAGAAGAAAUUGUCGAUACGAUCAAAGAAGAAGAAAUUUUUGAUGACUCUCUCGUAGUGCACUGGGAUGGAAAGAUGCUUCCUGCGGGAAAUGGUCAACCAAAAGCAGAACGAUUAUCAAUACACGUCACCGGAAUAAAUACUGAUAAAAAUUUAAAAACUCCGAUUCUCUCUGAUGGCACAGGUGAAAGCCAAGCUUCAGCCAUUUUUGAAACGCCGAUAGAGUGGGAUCUUUGCGAUAAUGUUAAAGCAAUGUGCUUUGAUGCAACUAGUUCAAAUACCGGUUGUUUUAAUGGCGCAUGUGCAUUAUUAGAAGAUAAAAUUGGCCGUGACUUAUUAUAUCUUGCUUGUCGCCAUCAUACUUCUGAAUUGAUGUUACGAAAUGUUGCAAAAGUUGCUUGGCCAGUGACGAAUAGUCCAAAUGUACCAAUUUUCAAAAGACUCAGAGAUAAUUGGGAAAAAAUUGAUAAAUCUGCGUAUGAAAUCGGCACAGAGGAUAAAGAUAUUGCACUUAUUUUAAAUCAAAGAAAAGACGAUAUUCUUGACUUCAUAGAAAAUCAACUGAAGAAUCAUCAUCCGAGAAAUGAUUACAAGGAGUUUUUGGAGCUGAGCUGUAUCUUUUUGGGUGGUAUCAAAAGUCAUAGAGCCGAAUUUAAAGCACCUGGUGCUUUUCAUCACGCACGGUGGUUAUCGAAAGCUCUCUAUUGCUUGAAAAUAUAUAUGUUUAGAAACCAGUUUAAAAUGGGAGCAAACGAAAAAAAAAUUUUGCAGAAAAUAUGUAUUUUCAUCGUAAUAUUUUAUGUAAAAAUAUGGUUUACUGCUCCUAAUGCAAUAAAUGCUCCAAACUCGGAUUUGCAAUUAGUAAAAGAUCUUAUUGACUACAGAAAAAUACAUCCAGAAAUUGCAAAUGCAGCACUCGAUAAAUUGUCUCGGCAUUUGUGGUACUUACACGAAAAUCUUGCUUGUUUAGCUCUUUUUGAUGAAACUGUGUCAGUAGAAGAAAAAGUAAAGAUCGUACAAAAAAUAAAUUCCCAGGUAGCGGUCAAAAAGCCUAAUAAACGUUUAUCAGUCGCUUAUGAAGAAAUAACGUCGUUAUCUAAGAGAAACAGAAGCGAUUUUGUUAAUCCAAACUCGGUGUUUAUUUUUGAGCAAUUUGAGCUCCCCUAUGAAUUUUGCAUACAGAUCCAAUUAAAAGUAGUAAACGAUACUGCGGAAAGAGGAGUAGCGCUAGCCGAAAGUUUUAAUGAAGUAUUGACUUAUAACGAAGAUGAAAGACAAAGAAUUUUUCAAACUGUUCAGCACCAUCGAUCUCAAUACACAUCGUGUAAAAAAUCAAAAUAUAUUGACAAUGAAUUAAUCUAA